GCCGAUUUUAGAUGUGAUUAACAAAUACGAAAUUGAAGUUAUAAUGCUGAAAACUUGACGUGUUUUGAUAAAUUCUAACACUUGAAUGACCUUGAUGUUUAUUAGGCUAAUCCUAAUUCAACUUUUAUCAAAAACUUAAAAUAUUUUUAGGUCUAAACAUACGUAGCAAUAUGUAAUUGUGAGUUGAAAAUCGUGUCCCAUCAUCAGUAUAUCAAAUCAAAUGAUUUAUAAUCGAACUUAUUAUGGGUCAAAAAAUAUUCUUUUCUAUAUGAACUUACAGGACAGUGAUAGUACUUAAAAGUUGUACAUGAUAAAAUCGAAAUUCUUACUAUCAACCAAUACCAUGAUAAACCUCAAACUUCCCAUAAACACACCAAAAACAAGACUAACAGAACAAACCAUCUUAACCCUCCUUAACUCCCACUGCAACACACUCUCAAAACUAACUCAAAUCCACGCUUUCAUCCUCAAAACCGGCCUCCAAAACAACCCCUUAAUCCUCACUAAAUUCACUUCAACUUCCUCUAACCUCAACUCAAUCCACUACGCCACCUCAUUCUUAUUCCCACCUUCCCAUACUACUUCUACACCCACCCCCUCCUACGAUGCCUUCCUCUUCAACACCCUCAUCCGCGCUUAUUCCCAAACACGCGAUUCUAAAUCAAAUUCCUUCCUCUUUUACAGAACAAUGCUACGUUACGGUGUUACACCCAAUAAAUUCACCUUUCCGUUUGUUCUUAAAGGGUGUGCUGGUAUUGGGAGUUUGAGGUUAGGGAAAUGUGUUCAUGGCUGUGUUGUCAAGUUUGGAUUUGAAGAGGAUGUUCAUGUGUUGAAUACGUUGAUUCAUAUGUAUUGUUGUUUGGGAGAAGAUGGGUUUGAGUUUGCGGAGAAGGUGUUUGAUGAUAGUCCUAAGAUGGAUACCGUUACUUGGAGUGCUAUGAUUGCUGGUUUUGUAAGAUUGGGAUGUUCUUCACGUGCUGUUGACUUGUUUAGAGAAAUGCAGGUUAUGGGUGUUUGCCCUGAUGAGAUCACAAUGGUUUCGGUUUUGUCUGCAUGUGCUGAUUUGGGGGCACUUGAGCUUGGAAAAUGGGUGGAAUCAUAUGUUGAGAAGAAAAAUAUCCCAAAAUCUGUGGAACUCUGUAACGCACUGAUAGACAUGUUUGCAAAGUGUGGCAAUGUUGACAAAGCUAUCAAAUUGUUCAGACAAAUGGACUCACGCACCAUAGUUUCAUGGACUUCAGUAAUUGCUGGUCUCGCGAUGCAUGGUCGUGGUUUAGACGCCGUUUCUCUAUUUGAUGAAAUGGUUGAAAAUGGGAUAACACCUGAUGAUGUUGCUUUCAUUGGGGUGCUCUCUGCUUGCAGUCACUCAGGACUUGUCGACAAAGGAAGAUACUAUUUCGGUUCAAUGGAAAGGAAUUUCAGCAUAGUGCCAAAGGUAGAACACUACGGAUGCAUGGUAGAUUUGCUUUGUAGAGGUGGGUUUGUUAAAGAAGCAUUUGAGUUUGUUCAAAAGAUGCCUUUUGAACCAAACCAGAUCAUAUGGAGAACCAUAAUCACCGCUUGUCAUGCAACUGGGGAACUCAAGCUUGGAGAGAGUAUCUCCAAAGAGCUGAUAAAAAGUGAACCGAUGCAUGAGUCUAAUUAUGUUUUGCUGUCGAACAUUUACGCGAAAUUGCGACAAUGGGAGAAGAAGACUAAGGUGAGGGAGAUGAUGGAUAUGAGAGGGAUGAAGAAGGUUCCAGGGAGUACCAUGAUUGAGGUAAACAAUGAAAUGUAUGAGUUUGUUGCAGGUGAUAAGUCUCAUGAUCAGUAUAAGGAGAUAUAUGAAAUGGUGGAUGAGAUGGGUAGGGAAAUCAAAAAGGCAGGGUAUGUGCCUACAACAUCUCAAGUGUUGCUUGACAUUGAUGAAGAAGAUAAAGAAGAUGCUUUGUAUAGACACAGUGAAAAGCUUGCAAUAGCUUUUGCUCUUUUGAACACUCCCCCUGGAACAUCAAUUAGGAUUGUGAAGAACUUGCGUGUCUGCGAAGAUUGUCAUUCUGCUACUAAGUUUAUAUCUAAGGUUUAUAAUCGAGAGAUUGUCGUCAGGGACCGCAAUCGCUUCCACCAUUUCAAGAAUGGUUUGUGCUCUUGUAGAGACUUUUGGUAAUUGAAAACGAUUAGAAAGUUAAAAAUUAUGUGUUCAUUUGCUGAAAAUUAAUGGUGUCUUCUACUGAUGUCAAUAUAUGGAUGUUGUCCUCGGUUGGCGACUUAUCCUACAAAGGCUAGAAAAUAUAAACAAAUUUUGUUGCUGA